GCCGACUGUCGCAUUUUUACGCCUCAAUACCGCUGACGCCCGCUACCCGAUCGCGUGUCUCUCGCUGAGCACUGGUGACCGUUUCAGGUUUCAGGUGCGAGCACGAUGGCGAGCGCGGUCAAGAAGCCUCCGGCAACAGGCCGCGAGACCCCGACGGGAACGCCGCAGCGCCCAACCCCCCGAGCGUCGACACCGUCGUCAACCAGCAGCCCGAGCGGCGCUGGCGCUGCUGGCGUGGCCCGCACCCGCUCGACCCGCACCGGAACGCCCGUCUCGGCGCGCGCCGCCGCACACCAAAGACGCGAGUCCAUGCUGAGCAACGGACCCUCGGUCAACGGGAAGGGCAGCAGCUCGCCCGACAUGGAACGCGAAGAGGCCGUCCGCGCCGAGAUGAUGGCGAUAAUAGACGACUUGAAGGAGAGGCUCAGCCAGGCCGAGUCCUCGUCUGAGAUGUACAAGCGACAGGCCGAGGUGCUGCAGAGCAAGCUGGACGACGCGCUGAAGGAGCAAGCCAAGUUAGAGGAGAAGGUGCACGAGAGCGACGAGCAGAUCGAGUCUCUGACCAACGAGAAGCGCGAGGCCGCCCGCCAGAUCCGCGAGAUGGAAACCAUCUACGAGGCUGAGCGGAGCGCCAUGAUGAAGGAGAAGGAAGAGAUGGCGAACCGGGAAGAAGAGAUGCAAACCGUCAUUCAGAGGCUUAAGGACAGCCUAGCGCAGAGAAACCUGGACGAGGACAGACCAACGAGGCAAUCGGCGAACAGCUCCCCAAGUAUCGAGAACGGCAGUUUCGCCCCACCCUCUUCCAUUCACCGCAGUGACUCGCGCAACAACUCCAAGCUUUUGUUGCAAAAGGACAGGCUGAUAGAGUCGCUGAGACUCGAGCUCGCCGAGGCGCAGAUCAAGCUCGUCGAGUCUCAGAACCAGGGCGGCGGCCGGCUUCAGGAAGUCGAGCGCCAGCUGAUGGAGGCGCGUGUGGCGAACGCCAGGCUCAUGGAAGACAACGAGAGCUACCAGCUGCUCCUGCAAGAGCGGACUCUCAAGGGAGACUUCGCCACCAACGACCUCGGCUACUCCGGCGGCGCGUCUGCCAACCAAGACGCGCUGGCUGCGCUCGAGGGCCGCACCAGAGGCACCAGCCUCGCUGACGAGCUCUCCGGCGCCCACGACAAUGAUCACUCGCACGAGCACGAUACCGAGACGCAGCGGCGCCUGGAAGCAGAGCUGAAGUCGGUUAAGGACCAGAACAAAGCGCUGACGCUCUAUAUCAACAAGAUCAUCGAGCGGCUGCUGCAGCACCAGGGGUUCGAGCACAUUCUCGACCAGUCAAGCGAUUUCAAGGGCGCGCCGCCGCCAAACACCAACAAGGACCUGCCUCCGCCGCCUGCCCCCAAACCCGCCCCGGCGCCGUCCCUCCUCCAGCGCGCGAAGUCCAUCGCCAUCGGCAGCUCCGCUCCGAAACCCAAGCCCCGCCCGAUGACCUACAUGCCGUCCGCCAACCAGCCGACCACGACCAGCUCCUCCGCCAUCAGCAACCCGGACACCGCGCCCAGCAUCCCCAUCGGCCUGACCCGCUCCGCCAGCACCCGCCGCGGCCGGCCCAUGAGCGAGCAGUACACGGGCAUGGCCGGCGCCGCCAGCAUCGUCAACGCCAUGUACAAGGGCCCCUCGGCGGCCGACGGGCCGCUGUCCCCCUCCCUCCGCUCCAGCCAGGCCUUCUUCCUCCCGCAGGGCGCCGGCAACCGCACCAGCGCCGGCAACUUCCCCGGCAUGAAGUCCGAGACGAGCAGCACCUCAGGCGACUCGGUCUCUGCCGGCGGAGGAAGUGGUGGUGGAGGAGCAGGAGGCGAGACGGCGUCGACGUCGUCGCCCGGCCAGAGCCCGCCGCGCCCCCACCACAGCGAGAAGAGCACGACCCUCGCGGGCAACAAGCCCCGCCCGCUGCGGCUGGUGCAGGAGAACGCCGAGGCCGCGGCGCCCGCCCCGGCCGCCAGCAAGCGGCAGAGCUGGGUCGGCUGGGUCGGGAGCGCGUUCGCGGGCGCCAAGAAGGAGGAUGCCGGCGCCGCGGCGGAGGUCAUUAGGGAGUGAGCUGCGCUGCGCUGUCUUUGUGGGAGGUUGUUUGGGGAACGAGGACGGGAGGGGGAGUGGGGUUGAUGUUGGGAUGGGAUGUAAUGCGAUUGAGGGAAGGAGAGGGAAGUGGAGAGUGAAGGGUGAUGAGUGACGC